GCCAUAGUAUUAGUAAUUGCGAUACAUCAUCCAUGACGAUUGUAUUUAGGCUGACCAAGAACAGUCCAAAUCCCCCCACCUAAAACAAUUAUAUAAUGGCCCCUAGUUUACUUCACAAAACAGAUACCAAAACACUACACCAUGGAUGAAGUGAAGCUCUUUGGGUUUUGGGCAAGUCCUUUUAGUAGAAGGGUCAUUUGGGCAUUAAAGCUAAAAGGUGUGGAAUAUGAAUACAUUGAAGAAGAUCUGCCUUAUAAUAAGAGUGAUCUGUUGUUGCAGUACAACCCAGUUCAUAAAAAGAUCCCAGUGCUGGUUCAUGGAGGAAAGCCAAUUGCAGAGUCAUUGGUUAUUUUGGAAUAUAUAGAUGAAGUGUGGCCACAUAAUCCUUUGUUGCCAAAAGAUGCUUACGAGAGAUCCGUAGCUAGAAUUGGACCAGUAAUAUUUGAUCCUAACCUUAAGUUUGCAGACUCAACCAAUGUGGGAAUUUUUCGUAAAUUCGGCGAAGAACAGCAGAAGGCAAUCGAGAACAACUAUGAAAUUCUGAGGACGAUUGAGGAACAUGGUCUUGGAGACAAAAAUUCUGAGGACGAGAGGAACAUGGUCUUAGAGACAAAAAAGUUCUUCGGUGGCGACCAAAUUGGCGUCGCUGACCUUGUUUUUGGAAUGGUUAUUCAUAUGUUGGCACCCAUGGAAGAGGUGGUGGGGCGAGUAAAGUUCAUUAAAGCCGAUAGCUUCCACGCCUGCAUGCCUGGGUCAGGCAUUUCAGCGAACGCCCUGUGA